UUUUUCUGAUUAGUUGUGAUAAUGUGAUGAUUAUGUAAACAAAAGACGGAAAUAAUGAUAGCCAAUGAUGUGAUAAUUGAGAUAAAAAUAUAAGAUAAUCAAUAAAAAAAUUGAAUUAAACUAGAAAAAAUACAGAAAUCGUUUUAUUUAUUAUUUGAGAUAUUUAUCAGAAAAUGAUUAUUCAUGAUGAAGAAUAUUAUGAAAACCGAAGACCUGUUAAAGAUUUAGGUGCUAUCAGAAAUUUUCUGAGAUUUAUUUGGGAUGGAGAAAAACGUGCUUUUCUUGACAGAACAGCUAAGGAUUGGGCAACUGUUGGAUUAUUUUAUUUAUGUUUCUUUGGAGUUUUAUUUUCACUAUUUUCAUUACAAAUGUGGAUUACAUUGGAUUAUGUUACUCAAUUUGGUAGACCAUACAUUGAACAAAGUGCUUUCAUAGCUAAAUCAGACAUAGAAGCUAGAUUUCUUUUUUUUGAAAAACCAUUCACACGAUUUGGUUAUCCAGGUUUAGGAUUAAUACCAAGGACAGAGAAGUUUGAUACAUCUAUGUCAUUUAUUUGGCUAUCAGAGAACCAAGAUAACAAAGAACAAUAUUAUAUUGAAGAUAUUAAUAGAUUUAUGAAAGAAUACAAUGACGUUAAUAAGAAGACGAAAUAUAAUAUUGAAUGUGUCAACAGCUCUCGGAAAUAUUCAAAAGAUAAACCUUGUUUCUUCGAUACAAAAGUUCUUGGGAAAUGCUCUGAAAAUCCAUAUGGAUAUUCAAAACCUUAUGAGCCAUGUGUUUAUAUAAAAUUUAACAAACGAUUUGAUUGGAUUCCAAUUUGUUAUAAUAAUACAUCGGAUUUACCGAAUGAAAUGCCAGAAGACUUGAAAGUAACAAUAAAAUCAUCUACGAAGCCACAUGUUUGGUUAUCAUGUGAUGGCGUCACGAACUUUGAUAAGCAACAUGUUGGACUUGUAGAAUAUUUCCCUGAGCGAGGAUUUCCAGUGUAUUAUUUUCCUUUUAUGGGACAAUCAGAAUAUCUUUCUCCGGUAGUGGCUCUUUUAUUCAAAAAUAUAACUCAAAAUAGAUUAAUUACCAUUGAGUGUUAUGCGUGGGCUCUUAAUAUUCUCUAUGAUCGGAAGUAUGCUUUACGUUUUCAAAUGGUAAUCAACUAAAACAAUUGAUUCGAUACUAUUGAAAGAAUAACAAUCAUACGAAAAAAUCAAUAAAAGUGUGAAAAUAUAUAUUUAUAUCUUUAUCAACAUAAAAAGUUUGUUCAAUCAAUUUACAACUUUUUUUUUACAUAAGUGAUGAAUUAUCAGUUCAAGGCGGGUAAGAAGACUGCUCGUCGUAGUAUUCUAUGUAGUGAAGUAAAUAAAGGUGGAGAACGUACAGUCAUGUUAGUAGUACCAGUCUGUACGCAGCUUGAAACAGACAUUGGUCGCUCAUACAUACAUUUUAUCAAACAC